UCGCGGCUUCCGGAUUAUCGCGGCUAGUUUUGCGAGACCCGAGGAUUGGGACACAGUGCAUACCGUGCCUUAAUACAGUGACCAGUGUAUGCCUUGAACGCGACAAAAAGAAUGGACAUCCUGCUGCGAGACAUGAACGCGCCGUGGCGAUGACAAGCCUGAUCUUGGAGAACGCUGACUUGAACCGACUCUUUCCGAAAUGCCGGCCUAGGGGCGGCCCACCCCCGGGGGCCUCCACGCAGAGCAGCCAGCAGCAGCCGCAUGACAGCCCCUGCCAGACGGAGGCCGCCGCUAUCACCACCGCCACCGCCGCGACCACCGCAACAGCCGUCGUCACCAUCGCCUCCACGUCGACGAGCAUCUCCGCGAUAUCGGACGACAUGAUUGACCUCGAGCGCGACAUCCCCGACAGGUAUAGGAAACGAGCGAAUGGCAGAAAAAAAUCAGGUUCGCUGUCCCGUAGGACGGCGAGCGUGGUGCCCGGUUUCACGGUCGAGGGCCAGCUGCCGCACGCCACGAAGCCGCUUUCGUCGAGCUCGUCCUCGGCGUCGGGACGCAGCGAGGACGCGCCACAAUAUGGGAGUCUGCCCGGUAGCGAUCAUCAAGGACAAUCGCAACAGGAUGACAGCGGACCGGAGGAGAGUCCCGUGUACAUCCUCACCUCGGCGAAGGGAGGCCCCAGCUAUAAACUCCGAGAUUCGAGAAUUAUAGAAAUUGCUGGUGGUCGAGAAGUAUUCUCACAAAGCCGAGGAAAGGUAGCAGCUAGAAAAUCAAGAUUUCUGGCUGCGUCAAAUUCUAUAAAUAACGAGGACAUUCAAACCGAUAAUAAGCUGUCUGUUAAGAAGAAUAACAAAUCUCCUAGCACACAGACCAUAUGGGAAUUACGAAGCCGAUGCGGUGAAAGCAGAAAGCAACGUGCAAAUCGAGAAGUGACAGAGACUGUAUUUGCCUCUGAGGUACACUCAGUGCGACGCAACCCCACAAAAUCCAUUCUGGAUUACGACUCACCUAAGAGCAACCGUAGCAAUCGUAUAAUUAAUUACGAUUCGAUUUUGAAUAGCAAUAAUGUAGAAUAUACCAUACCAAAAAGUAUUACCGAUCUGGACUAUGGAUUACCAAAGAGUUGCAUAGAUUAUCAAUCAAAUCACAACACACCUGCGAGAAGUAUGGCAAUAGUCAGUGAUGGUGAAGUUGUGGUUUUCGACGAUAUUGAUGACAACUGGCAAGGGUUGCGAUUAGAUUUGGCGUCGAGCAAUACGAACCAAAUUACGGCAGCGAGUGUGGACUUGGAGACGGACGAUUCUCAAAGAGGUCGUAUUGCACCGGAACCACCGAGUUCCAGUGUUGGGAGUACUCCUAGUCCUACGACAGCAUAUCACCGCAAUACUUCAGAAUUUUUCAAAGUUGUUACACCAGCGAGCGAUUGCGAGGCAGAUUCCCCGUCUCCGGAACGUAAUCAUAAAGUUGCGAGGGUUAUUGGUGAAUUACCAAUUGCUCAAUAUUCUGGCAGCCCGAGGCGUUAUGGAGUUCGCGAAAAUACACAGCUUCCUAGCUUAUUAUCGUCGCCUUCAAUGUAUAUGACACCAAGGCCUGGUUUUCCGCAGAGAGUAUUACCAACAACACCAAAUCAUAAUGAGAAGGAAGAUACUUCUGGAGAAAUCAUUAUAGACAAGACUGUGAUAGAAAAUACUAGUAUCGAAGAUCAGCCUAUCGAUCCUUCAACUCCAUCACCAAAAGCGGAAGAGGAAGAGGAUGAUUCUUUAAAGCCAUCGACUUUGCCUGCUGAUAAUAUAAGCAGUCUCGUCACGCCAGGAGGUAGUACCUUCGACUAUCUGUACGAAUUUUCAGAAACGCGGAAAGUAUUGGAAGAAUUCUUUAAAUGCCCGGCGCCGACGAAAGAAAAGGAGAACAAUAUAGAAUCCUUUCCUUUCCAAGAUCUUGAUUAUGAAUUACGAAGACAAGGAGGAAGUGCAUAUGUUGGUCAGCGAUUAGCUAGUGGUCCACCAGUAACGGAGGAGGUUAUGGUACACGAAUCUCCUAAGAAGCAACGGGCGGAAUUUCCCCAAAAUACAGGUGAACACGAAAACAAUUUUCUAGACCUCUCGGUAGGUACAGGUAGCAGUGAAGAUCUCGGAGAGACCGAGGUCGGUUUACAAGUAGGACAUUCACGUAAUUUCACGCUGAGCCCCGAGACAACUGACUGCGACAGCAAUUGCGGAGACUUAGACAGCGAAGUGUCUCUCAUGAUGAUGGAUAACGAAUUGAUGCCAGCAAGUGGCCUUCUCGGAUCGGUCGGCGAUUUGGGGAAUAAUUCGGAUUCCCUGAGAAUAUACACUAGUAUGCCGGUAUUGGAAGACGGUCUGUCUAGCGGUCAUGCAAGCGACACCGAUAACAAUAAUCCUACUGUGAUGCUAAUGAAACGGCAGAUAAACGAAAUAGAAAAAGAGAUUAUACAGAGAACUCGUAAUGACAUGUUAGGCACAAACGAGAACGAAUCCGGGAAAGACAUUGGUCUCAAUGUAACAAAGGAUAUUUUACACACAUUGAAGACUACAUCGUCCCCCGAUCUAUUUACCGCAAAGAAGGAGAAUUCGUACGAUACGAACGAAUUGCAGCUCGACGGAUUGGAUCCACUGGGUACGCCGCCGCCACCGGCGCCUCAGGGACGGCAAAGUGUAACCUUGGAGGUAAACUGCGGUGAGGUAGAAGCAGCCAUCAAAGACAUCAGGAUGGCACUGCAAAGGACUAAAACUCUCCCUGUGAAAUCUCCGUCCGAAGAUCCACCGGAACCGAGCGUCAGUCCGAUAUGGAUACCAAGUAUAAUGGACGGCAGGCGAAGAAUCUGCAUGGAAAACAAUAGUGAAGAAUCUGAUGCGCGUCGCAUAGGCGACGAAGCCGAUGUGGAGAUCGAGGAGUGUCCGGACGAGGAGGAGGCAGAUACCGAUCUUGAAACAGAUCGAUUACUUGGACAACAGAGGACGGAUGAUCAAGGAUUUUAUGAUGACAAGGGGUGGAGGAAGCCUAAAACUAGGACAAUGUUACCGCCAAUGAAUGCGAAAGUCGCUACACCAAAGCAAACCCCUCCCAAAACCUUAAGUGUCGCCCCAAUAGAAACGCUAGCGCCUUCCGAGCCCGUACCCUCGACGUCUACCUCGAUCUCCCCACCUCCCGUAGUAUCCGUUAUACAAUCGUCGUCUUCUAACGAGUGCGAAGUAGCUACUCCCGCGCAACCCACGUCGAGUCCGCAGAAGACCCCAGUCAAAAACUCUCCCUCAUCCCCUCAGAGCCUCAAGGAAUCCAACAACAAGGUGAAAAAGGAUAAGGAAGGAAAGAAGAAGAGCAGAAACAAGGAAGAUUUAUUGAACGAUCCGUCAGUAUUGAUCGAAGGUGUCCUGUUCCGUGCGAGGUAUUUGGGAUCCACGCAACUGGUAUGCGAGGGUCAACCGACGAAGUCAACUCGAAUGUGUCAAGCAGAGGAAGCCGUUUCCAGAAUAAAGGAUGAUGGGCCGAUGCAGGCAACGCUCUUAAACUAUGGGGGGCAGCAUGGGUAUGGUCGCUGCAGCAUUGCCUCGCAAGGAAGCCUAGAGGAAGACGAAUGCGACUCGAGCGAAGAACUUAUAGGAAGCGCUUCUGGUGGGGGCCAGUCCGAGUCGCACGCGCUUGGGGCCCACCAGCCGAAACUGGCCCCGAUCAGUGGCUGCUUGGGGCCCACGACCGUUUUCAGACUACAAUUUCUCGGGUCGGUGGAGGUGGAAGAGGAAGGGGGACGUAAACGGCGUAAGCGCCUUAAGAACCACAUGGUGGAGGAGGCUGUGACAAAGAUAAAGGCAUUGGCACCGGACGGUGAUACUCAGCCAAGUACGGAAGUAGAUCUCUUCAUAUCGACGGAAAAAAUUAUGGUUCUCAACACCGAUUUGAAAGAGAUCAUGAUGGAUCACGCGUUGCGCACUAUUUCGUACAUCGCGGAUAUCGGUGAUCUAGUGGUGUUAAUGGCGCGACGACGCUUUGUGCCGCACGAAAUGGAGGAAGUACCGAAAAUUAAUCGUACUCCGAAGAUGAUCUGUCACGUUUUCGAAAGUGAGGAAGCUCAAUUUAUAGCACAAAGUAUCGGACAAGCGUUCCAAGUAGCUUAUAUGGAGUUCCUAAAGGCGAAUGGGAUAGAAGACCAUAGUUUUGUUAAGGAAAUGGAUUACCAAGAAGUGCUCAAUUCGCAAGAGAUAUUCGGUGACGAGUUGCAGAUGUUUGCAAAGAAAGAAAUGCAGAAAGAGGUAGUGGUACCGAAAGCAAAGGGAGAGAUCCUCGGUGUUGUAAUCGUUGAAUCGGGAUGGGGCUCGAUGCUGCCAACCGUAGUUAUAGCAAAUCUGGCGCCGGCUGGUGCCGCUGCUCGUUGCGGACAGCUUAAUAUUGGCGAUCAGAUAAUAGCGAUUAACGGUGUAUCAUUGGUCGGCUUGCCUUUGUCCACGUGUCAGACUUAUAUAAAGAACUCGAAGAAUCAGACGGUCGUCAAGCUGACUGUCGUCCCGUGUGCACCGGUCGUCGAAGUGAAAAUCAAGAGACCUGACACCAAGUAUCAGUUAGGAUUUAGUGUACAGAACGGAGUGAUAUGUAGUCUAUUGAGAGGCGGUAUCGCCGAAAGGGGUGGAGUUCGGGUUGGUCAUAGGAUAAUUGAGAUCAAUAAUCAGAGCGUUGUCGCUGUACCGCAUGAAAAGAUUGUUAAUCUUCUGGCUACAUCAGUGGGAGAGAUUUUGAUGAAAACGAUGCCCACGUCGAUGUUUAGACUAUUAACCGGCCAGGAGUCACCGGUGUACAUAUAAAAGCGUUCAGUUGCCCGGCUGAUGCGUAGUGAACAGACAAUACAUCCGCCAUCCACUACCGUACACUAUCCGCUCUACUACCUUUACUGUACAGAUUAUUCUACGCAAGUCUAUGCUUUGUGUUUCGAUUCUUAUUGGGACAAUUCGAUACAUUCACCAGCUCCUGCUUAGUAAACAAGAUUACAUAGGUACGUCGCAGAAAUGUUAUUAAAUAUUUACUCAAGCAUAAUUUAUAUGAUUAUCAUAAGAGAUAUAUAUAUAUAUAUACAUAUAAUACUAUUUAAUGAGAUUCUCUAUAACAUAAAUAUGUUUUCCUGAGAUUUAGAGCGAGAGAUAUCUUUCUCAAUAUUUCUUAUAUACAUAAUAUCGGCGUUUAUUACAUAUUAUUCUGAAUAAUAUAUAUAAAAACUGCGACAAAAUUGUCAUAAUUUUGACUUGUUCACGAAUGAGUAAAGCGAUAGAAAAAUAUUUUUCUUUUAAAUUUUUAGUAUAUAACAUACUCUGUGUUACAGAGAAUCGCAUUAUUAGCGCCAAGGAAGAUGAUAGGUGAUGCAAACAAUGCAGUUGCACAUGAUUAUAAAUAGCACAAAGCUCUUUACCAACAGCUGGAGCAGGGCUGGAACUGUAUAUUAUGUAGUUUAAUGACAUAGUAAUAUUUAUAAAAAGAAUCUCCCUCUCUAUCUCUCGUGUGGGAGAUACUUUAAGAGCUGAAGCGUUUUAUUUAAUCUUUUUUAUCUUUAAAAGGCCGGCGAAUACUUGCGGCUUGGUGCCCAGCAAUCUUAAUUUGUACUAAAAUUACUAUCUAUUGUAGUAAACUUGGGAUGCGUAAAUCUCGUGAUAAAUAACGAUAUAGUAAUUAUAAAGAAGAGGGCAGUAAACAAGGAUCUUUUUUUUAACGAGUAAUUCGUUUUACAAUAUAUCAAGAUGACUUUUUGCAAGUGAUUCAUGCGUAUAUCGAAAAAGAGAAAAAGAUUAUUUAUUAAGUAGAUCUUGUAUGCCUAUGUACUACUUGAUUGACGCUAUUCUAUAAUGCUCAGCCGUAUCGACAAUGAAACUAUAAUGUGUAGCACACUCACUGCGUGAUAUUAUUUUUCGACAUUUGAAAAUUCUUCGAUUUGUAUAAUAAUCCUCAACUGUAGCGGGAUUCAGUUACUUGCUAUCAAGAAUUUUCGGUAUCGUUAACUAGCGUCAGCCAAUGGCAAAAGCAAUCGUGGUGAAAAGUGCAACUCUCAUAGGCUAUUGCUCGCUAACGACACUGAUAAUCAUUGCUAAGAUAUUAGAGAAUCCUGCUACUGAUUACCGUUCACAAAAAAUUGGACAAAUUAAAAAAAAAAAGAAAAAAAA